UCUUCAUUAUAUGAGAUUUUUAUUUUACUAAAUUCUUUCGCUUAAUAAUAAAAGAAUGAUUACACUAUUACAAACUCAUACUAGGGCCAGGCCCAAGAAGCAAAUGCAAAACCCAUUGAAAUGAGGAAGGAGUAAACCCUAGAUUACUGAAAUCACUAUCCUUUAUAUAUACGCCACAGAUUCGAUUGGAGCGCCGCUUUCCUACACCGCCGGAGAAAAUGACGACCGGAUUGAAGAAGAACCGCAAGAAGCGCGGUCACGUGAGCGCCGGACAUGGUCGUAUCGGGAAGCACCGCAAGCAUCCCGGAGGUCGCGGAAAUGCCGGAGGCAUGCACCACCACCGCAUCCUAUUCGACAAGUAUCACCCUGGCUACUUCGGCAAGGUCGGUAUGCGAUACUUCCACAAACUCCGCAACAAGUUCCACUGCCCGACCGUCAACAUCGAUCGCCUCUGGUCGCUGGUGCCGCAGGAGGUCAAGGACAAAGCAACCAAGGACAACGCGCCGCUCAUCGACGUCACGCAGUUCGGCUACUUCAAGGUCCUGGGGAAGGGCUCGCUGCCGGAGGGUAAGCCGGUUGUCUUGAAGGCCAAACUGGUGUCGAAGAACGCGGAGAAGAAGAUCAAGGAAGCUGGCGGCGCCGUCGUGCUCACUGCUUAGGGUUUGCUUUUAAUUUUAUGCAUUCGUGACUGAUGAUUUCGCUAAGGGAUUUUGAAUAUAAGGAUUUUUCGUCA